GCGCUGCGGAGGGUCAAAUCUCGCGCGCUGAUGUGAUGUGUGCGGAAGUGGCGCUGAUUCAGCUUCUAACAGCUGGAGCUGCUUCGUGCCAGGAUCCCACAAGCGGAUCAUAGAGGUGGGAUUAACAGAGAUGGACGGCAAUUUGACGCUGCAUUUGGCGAACUUCAGCACUCUGUUCGUGUGUAUGGUGCUGAAGUUCCCGCAGAUCUUCGUGCUGAUGCGGGCCAGAGCGAGCGCUGGAGUCAGUCUGAACAGUCUGCUGCUCGAGCUGCUCGGGUUUAUAGUGUUCAUGUCCUAUCAGAUGUAUUAUGACUACCCACCGCUCACAUACCUGGAGUAUCCCAUCCUCAUUGCUCAAGAUGUCAUAGUGCUCCUGUUAAUCCUGCACUAUAACAGGAACCUGAAACACAGCCUCAUAUACGCAGCACUGUUUGUGGGUGGAUGGCAGCUGCUUACAGUACAGAAGUGGGUGAUUGAUCUGGCCAUGAGUCUGUGCACUUUCAUUAGUGCCAGCAGUAAACUGGCACAGCUUCAGUGUCUGUGGCACUCAAAGGACUCUCGGCAGGUCAGCACUCUUACCUGGGCUCUGGCCACAUAUACAUGCCUGGCGAUGAUCUUCACCACCGUCAUCACCACAGGAGACACACAAGUUCUCAUUCGGUUUGUCGUCAUGACCAUUCUGAACAUGUGGGUCACGGUUACAGUCAUCUACUACAAACCUCAUGCAGUGAAGCAAGAUUAAGAGGAUGCCACUUUCUGCAUACAGUUUAUCUCAAUGUAUUCUCUGUCUGCUGGUGGAGUUUUUUUCUAGAUUCAGGUCAGGUAGGGAUGCACGGUAAAUAUUGCACGAUAUUUAAUGCGCAUCUCGUCAGUAAAGCCGGUUCUGUAAUCAGCAGUAAAUCUCUACACGUGCGUGCUUUCACAUGGAGCAGCAUUUACUACACAGAGCCGUUGUUCACUGACAAGCUGCGCAAAACCACAAUCAUAUUUUGCGCAUGUUUUGUGCAGCUUGUCAGUGAACAAUGGCAAAUCUCUACAUGUGCAUGCUUUCAAGUGGAGCAGCAUUUACUACACAGAGCCAUGUUCAUUGAAAAGCCGCGCAAAACCAUGAUAAUACUUUUGCAUAUUUUUCACAUUUCCAUUGAUCGUGAAAUUACACAUGGAAAAGGGUAGGGUUAUUUCAUGUUUAAGCUUGGAGGAGGAUGGAUGUUUGAGCAUAGUCUGUUUUUCUUUGCUUGUUGAGGCUUGAGAUGUAAGAAUGUAACACCACACCCUCCUCUCUGACAAAGAAGGGGCCCAAUAUGACCGCAAACUAGCCUCGCAUCGGUGGCCUAUCACUGACAUGAUCUGGUGAAGUUCUAGUCCGGCGUCAGAGAGGCGACCAACAGUAGUGCUCUGCAAACUAUGGUUUGUGUAAAUAUGUGUGAUAAUUUCCACCUGAAGACAAGAAUUUCAAGUAGGCCUAUGCAAUUUAUAUUUGGAAAAUAUCAUAACUACAAACAGUUUGAAUUCAUAGGAUUAAAAAUGGAAUAUCCAUUAAAUAUCUUGGGUACCUCUUCACGAAUAUUUUUUAGCAUAUUGCCAAGGUAGUUGAACCCCAUCGGCUCCUUGGGGAACCACACUUCAGUGUUCUCAAGUUUGCACAAAGGGAUGCACCUGUCUCGGAUCCAAAUAAAACCAGCAACAUAGUGUUGGCCCGUAGAGGCUGGGACAGAUCUGGGCCAACACUAUGUUGCUGUCUGGGAAGGCUCCGGCAUCAUAUGGACACUUUGAUAGGUAUUUUUUAAAACUGUCCAUGGGACAAAGUGGGCCACCAGGACACGCAAACCUAAAUCUGCAUAAAUCUUCUUUGUCUGAUGCAGUGGUAUACUUGUUUUUUUCUUUCUUUUUUUCUCUGGGUUAUGCACCAGGGUCAGGUACUCCAGGUCAUUCUCGUCUUGCCGGAGAACGAAAGACUCUUUUGAUAGGUUUUGGGUUCUUUUAUUUUGAGUGCAUUUAAUCGAUUUGACAGCCCUAAUUUGUAUACUGAAUUGCAAUUGGUCUUGUCUUCCUUGCAUCUAUCAGACCAUUUUAGCCGCUUUUACACUUUUGAUUCUUGUGUUCAGCUUAAACUUUUCCACUUAUUUUGCUGCCUUGCAAGGUAUUUUCUUCAGAACAUGCAAAUAUAUUAUGUAUUGGGAUGUGGUACAGUGUUUAAUUGCUUUAAAUCUCAUAUUCCCAUGAAGGAAAACAGAUAUGAAUGCUGUGAACUCACAAAUGAUGAAUGGUAUUUGACACAAGAAGGAUAUAUCAGAAGUCUGACCAAAUAGUGUUUUGAAACAGUUCAAACAUUCCUAUCCUUCACUGAUUCUGACACUGGUAAUUUCUUGCCUGCUGCAUUUGUACAUGUUCAGAUAUACUGUAUGUUUUUUUUAAAGUUGUUAUACUGUAAGUUUAGUAACUGUAUUUUUCUUCUCAGAAAGGAAAAUAUUUUUUUGACCAAAUUUUCAGCUAAAGAACUGUUAAAACUGAUUAAUGAUCAGGUUGCUAAACAGACUGUUUAUUGUAGUUUAUAAGAUUUGAAAUGAACUAUUAGGUCUAAAGCACUUCUAAUGUCUCUUCUGUAAGUACUUUAAUAGAUCUGUUUGUUUGUAUUUUAUAAAUCAAUAAACAUUCCUUUUAUGUGAAAAUAUGUCUGGAUUAGUAUUUAUGUUACAGGAUUCAAUAGUAUAAAAAGAACUGUUUUAUAAAUGUAAUUUUCUGAAUCGUUUUUCUGUGGUAAUCAACUGGACACCCCAGAUAAUAAAAGCAAGAUGCAUUUUAACCCAAAA